UGUGGGAUCUUGUCUAUGUAUAGUUGCCUUAGUGCACAUCAGUAGCAUCACGUUUCGUUUGGUUGUUUGUUGUUUUGUUCAGUGAGUUUCGAUUUAUAAAAAUUAUGUGGAACUCUACUCACGCUGCGCCUUGGUCCGAUCCUUAUGACGAAUGUGACAGUGUGCACAGAUUCAGUCAAAAGUUUUGACACCUACUCAUUCAAGGGUUUUUCUUAAUUUUUUAUAUUUUCUACAUUGUAGAAUAAUAGUGAAGACAUCAAAAUUAUGAAAUAACACAUAUGGAAUCAUGUAUUUUUAUUUGAGAUUCUUCUAAGUAGCCACCCUUUGCCUUGAUGACAGCUUUGCACACUCUUGGCAUUCUCUCAACCAGCUUCAUAACGUAGUCACCAGAAAUGCAUUUCAAUUAACAAUUGUGUCUUGUUAAAAGUUCAUUUGUGGAAUUUCUUUCCUUCUUAAUACAUUUGAGCCAAUCAGUUGUGUUGUGACAUGGAAUGGUAUACAGUAGAUAGCCCAAUUUGGUAAAGACAACGUCCAUAUUAUGGCAAGAACAGCUCAAAUAAGCAAAGAGAAAUGACAGUCCAUCAUUACUUUAAGACAUGAAGGUCAGUUAAUCCGGAAAAUUUCAAGAACUUUGAUAGUUUCUUUUUAGUGCAAUCGCAAAAACCAUCAGGCUCUAUGAUGAAACUGUCUCUCAUGAGGACCGCCACAGGAAAGGAAGAUCUGACCUCUCACCUCUGACCCAGUGCCCCCUACUGGUGCGGACCACCUCUGAUCCUAACGUGAUGAGCGGGUGCGGCAGGAAGGCUCUGGCAUUGCUGAGCAGCGUGUUUGCGGUCAGCGGGCUGGGGCUUCUGGGAGUUGCGGUCUCUACAGACUACUGGCUGUACCUGGAGGAGGGGGUCAUCCUGCCCCUGAACCAGACCACUGACAUCAGGACCUCCCUGCACUCUGGACUCUGGAGAGUCUGCUUCCUGGCAGGUGAAGAGGCAGGUCGCUGUUUCACCAUCGAGUACAUCAUGCCCAUGAACUUACAGCUCACCUCUGAGUCCACAGUCAGUGUACUUAAGAUGAUUCGUUCAGCCACUCCGUUUCCUCUGGUCAGUCUGUUCUUCAUGUUCAUCGGCUUUGUGCUAAACAACAUCGGACACGUCCGACCUCAUCGCACUAUCCUGGCCUUUGUCUCCGGAAUCUUCUUCAUCCUUUCAGGUCUGGCUCUGGUGGUAGGUCUCGUGUUGUAUAUAUCCAGUAUUAAUGACGAGAUGUUGAACAGGACUAAGAGCAGUGAGUCCUACUUCAGCUACCGGUACGGCUGGUCCUUCGCCUUCGCUGCCAUCUCCUUUCUGCUCACUGAGAGUGCGGGCGUCAUGUCCGUCUACCUGUUCAUGAAGCGCUACACAGCCGAGGAAAUGUACCAGCGCCACCACCCCGGCUUCUACCGGCCACGCCUCAGUAACUGCUCUGACCACUCCGGUCAGUUCCUGCACCCGGAGACCUGGGCACGCGGACGCAGCCCCUCGGACAUCUCCAGCGAAACCUCACUCCAGAUGAGCACCAGCUACCCUGCCCUGCUCAAGUGCCCCGACUACGACCAGAUCUCCUCCUCACCCUGCUGAAGGGGUCAUCAGGUCAGGGCAGGUCGCCAAGGUCAAGGGUGAGAAGUCAUAGGUGAUGUUGCUUUUAGAUACUGAUCUAAGAUCAGCUUUCUUUUUUAAGUUAUCUGGAAUCUGUGGUGGGUUGCUGGGAAGUUGCUGGGUGUGGAUAGAACCUCCCACCUGCAUAGUUUACUGGGAGAUCAGUCCCAAUAGAUAUACAGGGAAGCCUCUGUCUCUUUAUUUUGUUGUUGUUCGUUCCCAUUGUGAUGCUGUGCCCUGGACCUUGUUUGAAAACGUCUACCAGCCAUGAUUGCUGCUGAGGAAACAGUUGAUGCCGCUGUGCCACAUGUUACCUACAGAUGGAAGCAAAGUGCAGAGUUUUUUCAGGAGUAUUCCCUUCUCAAGUACUUUCUAUUAUAUCGGGAUACUUACUGCCACUGAUUAGUUAACUUGACGAGGACCAAACUAACAUUUACACAAAUGUUUGAACGGGAACAAUACAUGUCACUAUGUUAAAGCUGCAAUCAGCAGUUGAAACAUUAACAAAGUGAACUCCCAUCCCGUUUCAGUAAAAAGCUGAGGAAUGGGGCUAGAGAAUUGUCACCACUAUCAAAUUCAUAGACAGAGCUAUGGAUGCAAGGACUGGCCAUCCAUGAUAUCUAAAUUAUUGUUACCAUGUUUUGAAGGUAUAUAGUGUUUGUUUACAAACACUGGAGUGAAACAAGCUUUUAUUUUGGUUUCUGAUGGUUACGACAGUUGAAUUAAGCACAUGAGGCAUUUGUAAUAUUAUAACAGCAUAUUCUUAAGAGGUCCAAAAAUGGAUGAAACAACUGCAGAUUGCACCUUUAAAUGUGUGAUAUGUUCAAUGGUGUAGUUUGCUUCAUGUUGGAGUUUUUAAAUUCAUGUGUCCAUGAUGGCUCACGGAUCUGCCAACAGAUCCCAAUCUCUGCUUUGUUUAUGUAUCAUGUAAAAAUGAAUUAUUUGAAAAGUAAUUGGUAUUUACUCUUAGACAGAUUGUUUAUACAUGCAUAUGGAUAACUGUUGUACAUUGUAUGAAUAUAGCGAACCAUUGUAAAACAAGUCAAAUGUGUAGUCUCUGCUUAAAAUGAUUCAUUCUGAGUGUCAGCUUCAUGCCGUCGGCAUAGCAACUGUUGCAUAUUAACUGUACAAUAUCUGGAGAAUAUCGAAAUGUGGGAAAUAAAUAGACUUUGUAAUCUUUUGAAUGACAUUGCCUGUGGAUGGAAUGCAAUUUCAUUCAUUAACUACAGUUUCAAGAUAUUGAUGGUUUGAGAACUAACACAGCAGGAUAGGAUAAUUAAUGAAGGGUAGGAAAGGGUUAGGGCUUAGCUAAAAUGAUAGUUGUCAACUGCUAUCCCCAACCUGACAACUAGAUGGCGCUGUAAUGGUAGCCACAACCGUAUAAACCAUCAGUCUCAACAAACCAUCGGUAUCAUAACACCGGUUAAUGGAUUGGAGUUCAAUUUUGCUUCCAUGUAUUGUAAUGUCACAUCAAUACACUGGGAGUCAGUGUUGCAUCACUUACACUAUAAAGCAGACAGAAAUCCCUUCAGGUCAGAAGUGUAUAGAAUCAGGACUUAAACACCCAUCUGCCCACUAUGUUACCUAAGAACUCAGUCCCCCUCUUUCAAAUGAUUUAUUUUCACACCUUAUCUAGACACUGUAUCUAUUUAUUGGCCAAUUAAGGGGGGAACUCAUAUUACUCUGACCUGAUCUAUGUCUGUUUGCUGAUCAAUGAAGGGGUAGAUUUUAACCAUCAGUAAAGGGUUUCUCAUAGACUUUAACCAUCAGUAAAGGGUUUCACAUAUACUUUAACCAUCAGUAAAGGGUUUCACAUAGACUUUAACCAUCAGUAAAGUCUUUCUCAUAGACUUUAACCAUCAGUAAAGUCUUUCUCAUAGACUUUAACCAUCAGUAAAGGGUUUCUCAUAGACUUUAACCAUCAGUAAAGUGUUUCUCAUAGACUUUAACCAUCAGUAAAGUGUUUCUCAUAGACUUUAACCAUCAGUAAAGUGUUUCUCAUAGACUUUAACCAUCAGUAAAGGGUUUCACAGACUUUAACCAUCAGUAAAGGGUUUCUCAUAGACUUUAACCAUCAGUAAAGGGUUUCUCAUAGACUUUAACCAUCAGUAAAGUCUUUCUCAUAGACUUUAACCAUCAGUAAAGUGUUUCUCAUAGACUUUAACCAUCAGUAAAGUCUUUCUCAUAGACUUUAACCAUCAGUAAAGUCUUUCUCAUAGACUUUAACCAUCAGUAAAGGGUUUCACAGACUUUAACCAUCAGUAAAGGGUUUCUCAUAGACUUUAACCAUCAGUAAAGUCUUUCUCAUAGACUUUAACCAUCAGUAAAGGGUUUCUCAUAGACUUUAACCAUCAGUAAAGGGUUUCUCAGACUUUAACCAUCAGUAAAGUGUUUCUCAUAGACUUUAACCAUCAGUAAAGGGUUUCUCACACUGUAGUCUUGACCCACCACUCCAUAUUGACCAUCUGUCUCUACACUCAUAAGAAUGUUCAUAGACAUGGGCUGGACGUCAGUUGGUUGGUUGGUUACUGUUCAGGACAUGGUUUUUUCCCAGUUACAUUUUCUUUUCUACUGCUUUUCCACCAUAUAAAAAACAGGCAAAUAUUGUCUCUAAAGUCUAUUGAAAUAAUUACUACCCAUGACAGUUGGUACUUAGAUGAUUAACAUAAAUUAAGAACUUAAUAACCUUUGAUCCAUGACCUACUAAGUUUAAUAAAAUAUACAUUUCAGCAUAUUAUGUACUGAUAAACUGGAUGAUUAAUUGCAUAUGCAAAUAUGUAGGUCAAGCUCAAUAAAUAAUAAAUAAAUGUGUCGUAC